AUGAAGUUCUUUACCUUAGCUCUCGCAACUCUGCUAGCCCAGACGGUCACGAUCGCCCAAAGUCUGUUCAAGCACCAGUCCAAUGGCUUCCGUCUUAUCCUCAAGUCAAUCGACAAAAACUUCAAUGACCACGCACUCGGAGUUUGCCAUUGGUCCGCAGUCCACGAAGGCCUAUGCCUGUACGAUGACACGACUGCCACCCCUGCACGUCCCCCCACUACCUUCUACCACAACGUAUCCUCCUACGACGACAUCCAGGGUAUUCUCAACUGGCCCCCGCCUCUUUGGGGCACCGAUGAUCCCGUCUCGUCCGCAAUGCAGUUCGACUAUGUUGCUGGGACCAAUCUCGUGUACGCGACUUUCACGCCCGGGACCGACACAUACCAACUGGUGUGCUUCGAAGAGGGCAGCGCUAGCAUGUACAUUGCAAUCGCCGGAGAUGAUACUCGCAAGGCCCCUGAUUGGGUUGAUCCACCGAAAGAAGGUCAAGAAUUGGUAUCUGUGUGCUAUGAGGUUUGA